GCAGCCAAAGUAUUACUUCCACCCACUCCUCCGCAGCAUCUCGACCAGACUCCAUGUCUCCCCCCUUCCACCACUUUCGAUCUCGACCUAUGCCCGCGAUUCUCUCUGCCGUUUUGUCGGUACAGAAAGACAGGAAACUGUAGCAUUCUCGCUCGUCGUUGUCGAGACGAUUAUGCACCCAAUUCCAUCAUUGCCACCCGUCACCACCCCCGUAUCCGGCCUGCUUCAUGUCGUACCGUUCGUCCCUUCGUACCCGCAGAGUUCAUGCAUCAGACGCAACAGUCGCUACAGCGAUACGUCUACCAGCCGCCCUAGCAGCCUUUUGCUCGUCAUCCGCCAACCGACGGAUUGUGUUAUCUCGAAAUCAUCGCCAACAUCGGCCAUUGUGACGAGUACGCCACACUCACCACACUCACCACGCGCCGAGAGUGAACGCGCACGCCGAACGACUCCUCGCACCUCGACGUCACAGCUACCUCCCCGCUCGUCGUCCCCUCUACGGAGGUCGACGGGCGUGGAUUGCCCGAAUCCGCCAUGAAUCUCUACACUGAGCCGCCCGAGUUGCGCAGGUUCUCGCAAGACAAGCCCUCGCUGCUUGUUUGCUGGUGGAUAACGUCAUUUUGCACCGUCAUCAUCCUGCUGCGAGUCGCCGGCCGCUUCAUUCGAACCGAGAGGCUGUUCCAAGAGGACAAAGUCGCCGCCCUCGCCCUGAUCCCUCUUUGGCUUCGGAUGGUUUGUGUGCAUUUUGUUCUGCUCUACGGGACCAACAAUGCGCAGUUCGACGGGAUCACUUUGUCCGAAGAAGUCGAGACGAGGAAGAGAAUUGCAAGUGGUCUCGUGCUUGUGAGCCGCAUCUUCUACGCAGCUACACUGUGGAUUCUCAAGAACACCAUUUUAGAGUUCUUUAAGCGUCUGACCGGCGUGACUUGGGCACGUUCCUACGAACAGACGCUCGUUUUCAUCAGAUGUACCUUGGUUGCAACGUUUAUUGCCAUCGUUAUCAGCGAUCUGGCGGAAUGUCGACCCGUUCAUCAUUAUUGGCAGGUUACUCCUGACCCAGGAGGGCAGUGCCGCCAAGGCUUCGCCCACCUCAUUACCAUGGCGACGUGCAACAUCCUCACCGAUUUGCUCCUUGUCUUCUUCCCGAUUCCAAUCAUCUUGCGCAGCCAGAUGAACGUCAAGAGGAAAGUCCAGCUCACACUGCUCUUCUCUCUCAGCCUAUCCGUUAUCGGCGUCACGAUCUAUCGCGUUCCCCACGUCAUCAGGGACCACGGCAGGCAACAGCUGCGAUCGGUGUUGGCAUCUGUCGAGCUUCUAUUUGCGACCACGGCAGCCAACGCGCUGGUUCUUGGCUCGUUUGUGCGGGAUCGAGGUAUCAAGAAACGGAAGUUUAAAUACGGCUCCGUGGCCGCAGACUCGAUGGACCGAGGCUCCGACUCGCGACGGCCGACCCUACACCAACACUGGGGCAGUGACGAAGAUCUUGUGCGCGACGUUGGCCUCGGGGUCGAUCCCGACUUGCGAGGACGAGCCGGAUCGCAAGAUGAGUUCGAUACCGAGCAGCUUCGCUACACUCCUGCGCCAGUUGCCAGACCAUUUGGCGAGGAGCUGAGACAGUGGCAAUUCCCACAGCGAAAAGGAAGCAAUGCCGAGCGUAGCGACGCGUCGCUUCUACCCCACGACCUCUCUUCUUCGAGGAGCAACUCGACCACGACGCCCCGGAGAGUUUCCUUCUUCGACGUGGGAGGCUUGCUAUCGGAAGACCAGGUCGGGGCGGGACCGACAUUCCGUAGAGACAGCAUCGUCUCGAGCGUGGACCCGAUGUCGGUUGUUAGUGGUCACGGUGCACCCUCGCCAGCCUUGCCCGCUUCAUCGACUGGGUUACGACGUGGAUCGACAGCGCUGCUGCAAGACCUGGGCGGUUUCUUAGGCCCUCUCAACGCGAAACAUUCACGCCAAACAUCCAGGACUGGUACGGAGCUACAACCCAUCCCGCAAUCGCAACACGAUGACCACCCAUCAUAUAACCCUCGGCCUGGCGAGCCCACACUUAGUGACCCUGGCGGCCUUUUGAAGUAGUCCCAGCACAAGUGUACGAGGCGAUCUCGAGCACAUAUCACGCUCAUGUCCGUAUCGGCGAUGACGCUUAAUGAGGCAUCUUAUGUCUAUGUAUAAUGACCGUUUCAGCAGACAUGCCGGAACAAGUUUAUCCUUCACACGAAUGAGGUUUUUUUUUUAUAGAGGUCUAGAACCUUCAACCGGUGUUUGUCUUUCAAGUCGAGGGAGCAAUUGGACACAUCAGUCGCAUCUGAACUUUGGUCUUCCAAGGAGAGAUGAUCUAUGAUGACGGGGAAUGUCGGCGUUGGAGGAGGAUCCGACCCUACCGACGAGGAACUGGGGGGCUCUCUGCGGUAUGUUUGGCGGAGCUUUACGAUGAUUACGAAAGCUGCUGGCUUUGCUUUUUGUCGUUUACAUAUACCCCGGCGAGAUUACGCCAACAUGUUUGUAUUUAUCGAUGCUUGAUCCCACACCGUAACGAUUUUGAAGUAUCUAUAUUAUAAUGAUAUACCAAGCACGUCGCAGCUUGCGUCGCUGUUUUCUCAACAAAUCUGCGCUCGUACAAUGGCCCGUGAUGCAGGCUUCCCGAUCCUGCUUUCCGACGAGGUGUCCCUGUAGGAUUUGGCUAUGGCCCUGUUCCUGACCCAACUCCAACAACUGACUCCUUCAGAAUGUGCUGCUGGCAGCACACCACCUUUCCCCCAACCAACCAACUACCUCCC